CUACAACGAAGUGGUAUAAAAGGAGCCGGACCCCCUUCAGCUGAUUCCCAAGACGUCCCAGACGAUUAAUGAGCGUCACAGGUCGUUUGUGCUUGCCAGGGGGGAUCAGACCUCUGGGGGUCGUCUUGGAAACACUGAUCAACUGGGGCUGUGUAAUCUUCUGACGUGGAUUGCGUCAAAAACUUUGAAACGAAACAGUCAUGUCGACGACGCUCCUCCUCAGAAGUCCAGCCCCCACAAUGUAGUGGAAUGAAGCUGCAUAUGCACAGUCUAGUCCACUUCCGUCUUCUUCAACCCCUCAACUAAUUACCUGCCUAAAUCAUGAAAGCCCAAACUCAUUCGAAGCGGGGAAAUGCCGCCCCUAUCUUAUUCAUCCCUCCGUGGGAGUCGAAACAUUCGCAUUCUGGAGCUCAGUUCCGGGUCUGGCUCCGAUCCCAUCCAAGCCAACCUGAUUGAGACCAGCGUUGACUCCGCCCCGCCUUUCGAGGCGCUCUCGUAUGUGUGGGGAGACGCGACCAUCCGGGAAGAGAUCAUCUGCGAUGCAGCGCAGCUGCACAUCACCGUCAACCUAUAUCAUGCCCUCCAAAGCCUGCGACCGCCGAAGGCGAAGCGCCUCAUUUGGGUCGACGCCAUCUGCAUCAACCAGGGCGACGUCGACGAGCGCACCCAGCAGGUCCGGCUGAUGCGGGACGUCUACUCCCGCGCAGACCGCGUCGUCGUAUGGCUGGGCCCGGAAAACGACGAGGACGUCCCGGCCGCGGUCGCCCUCGUGAACUGCAUCUACGCCGCAUGCGAGAAGGAGGCGCAGUCUGCCGGGCGGGACUUGGCAUCGCUGGCCGUGGACUACCAGCCCUUCGCCGAGAUAACCGAGGACGAUCUGGACCCCGGCCUGGCGGGAUCGCUGCGGCCGUGGAACGCCCUGCGCCGGCUCUACUCCCGCCCGUGGUUCACCCGCGUGUGGUGCGUGCAGGAGAUCGUCCUGGCGCGGUCGUCUACGGUGUUGGUCGGGCCGCACUCGCUAUCCUGGCUAAGCGUCGGCGUCGUGGCUUCGUGGCUGAACACGAGGGAUGUCGCCUCCGACUUCGAUGCCCCCGCACAGCUGGAGAAGAUCCCGUACUUCAACGCGUACUGCAUGUUCGAUGCGAAUGACGUCGCCGCGACGCUGACGAAGACGCUGGAGAAGUACCGGGACUUCAAUGCGACCGACCCGAGAGACAAGGUCUUUGGCCUGCUGGGGUUGCUCGAUGGCGAGGCGGAUACCGUCUCAGCAGAACUUGUGGUGGUGGACUACAGGCUGGAGGUUUGGGAGGUGUAUGCAAGCGUUAUGAAGGCUGCUAUUCUAAGGGCAAGGAACCUCGCCGCCCUAUCGUUGGUGAAGCAUCCGCAGGUGUUUGAUGGCGAUGACCCCUUUCCAUCCUGGGUGGCGAGGUGGGAUGGAUCGACAGAUGUCAUGGUGCUGCACGACGAGUCGCUGGCUUAUCCAUGUAAUGCCUGCGGAGAUGAUCACCCCUUGGGUGAUUUUGAGCCGGAUGAUUCAGGAGCAGUGGAGGUCAGAGGAGUUGUCUUCGACACGGUAGCAUUCACGACGGAGAUGAUGGACAUCGACCUCUUCAAAGAGACACGAGAACUGCCCAACCACCCACUCCUCGAGGUCUGGAACGAAUGUACGGCAAACCCCGGCCCUUACGAAAGCUCCGGGAUGACCAUCGUUAACCUGGCCUACACCUUCGCCGCCGGUCUGACAAUCGACUACGCGCCGUGGUUUAUUCUAGAGACCGAGGAGCGACUACAAUUCUUCGCCGACUACAUCGCUUACAUACAACAUCUGCUCGGCAACAGCACGGUCCGCCCCGGGGCUCUGGAUCCGAGCUCGGUGUCAUUUGAUGGUGGCGACAGGCAGAGAUACAAGGUGGCUGCAUCGAGGGCUUGCGACCAACGACGGUUUUUCAAGACGACUAGGGGAAAUUACGGCUUGGGCCCGGCAUGUAUGAGGGAAAGCGAUGUCUUGGUUGUGCUGCAUGGCGGUUCGGUGCCUUACAUACUGCGUCCUGUGAGAGACCGCUUCAGGUUCCUGGGAGAGGCUUAUGCCGAUGAUAUCAUGCAUGGAGAAGCUUUUGGAGAGCUGAGCGAUCAGUGUUCGGAGGAGAGGGCUUUUAAUUUAUUCUAAGAAGCAGCCUCUCAAUUAGACUUCAAUAUGGCUAGUUAGCCCUCUUGACAUAGCAUGCUGCGUCUUUUAGAAAGGGAUAGGACAAAAAAGAGAAGACCAGCAAUCCAACAGAUGGCAGAGCUUGUUCAUCUCAGCAAAUAGGCAGG